AUGCCAACCAUCCCUCUCCACCCCCCCUCCACCCCCCCGCAGCCCUCCACCCCCGCUACAAACCCGCUCCCACCGCUCCUGCACACGCCCUCGGGCCUCGCCCUCCUCGAAAUCCAAGGCACAAUCCACUUCCCCGCGCCCACCUCUCCCACAACAACAUCGACGUGCGUCGGCAAGCUCGUGUUUCCGUACCACAACCCGCUGCUGCACGGCGACGACGACACAAAGUGGAUGAAGCGCGUGUAUCUGUAUGUGGGCGAGAACCAGCGCAUGACGGGCGAGUGCAAGAAGUUGGGAAAACCGUUUGCGGUUGUGCGGAGGAGGGGAGAUGCGGAUGUGGUGAUGCGCGAUGGGGAGGGGGGAGGGGAUGGGGAGGCGCGUGGGGAGAGCGAGGAGCUGGAGAUUGUGGAGGUGGUCAAGUUCAAGAUUGUCUUCUCGGGGAGGCCGGAGCCGGUGGGUAGGGGCACGGAGGAGGGUGCGUGA